AUGGCGUGCACCCUCGUCCCCAUCAACCUAGACGACCCCUCGGAAUACGAAGAACUGCGCCAACAGCGCCAGGUGUGCGGUUGGAACCACACCCCCGAGGCCCUCGCCCUCUGGCACGAGAAGCAACGCGCGGGGCUGAAAUCAUUCUUCUGGAUCACCACGAGCAGGCCAGCUCGAUCCUCAGCAUCGGAAUCAAAACCAGGCUCAGACGCAGAAUCCCCAUCAUCAGAACCAACUCCAAUCCGCGCAGGCCACAUCUCGCUCGACGCCUACACCGAACCCCCCGACUCAUCCGUCGCAAACGCAGACAAAACCCGCCUGGCCAUCCGCACCUUCUUCAUCCUCCCCGAGCACCGCAGCAGCGGGCUGGGCCGCGCCUCCAUGAGCCUGAUCGAAUCCCUCGCGGGACACGAACCCUACGGGAGUCCAAACUGCGAAUUCACCACGUUGGACUGUAUGAGUAAAGAGCACUACUAUGACCCCGUGCUGGGCCCCGCUGUCAGGAAAGUCCAGCCGAUUUGUAACCAGGAGUGGUAUGAGCGCUUGGGGUAUGUGGUUUGGAAGGUGGAGCCAAGGUAUGAGGAUACGGUUGUCCUUGAGAGUGGCGAGGUUAGGGAGGUUGUUUAUAAGGCGGCGUUUAUGAGGAAGGCGGUUGUUCGGUAG